AUGGAAUUUCCGAGAAAAUUUGCGAUGAAGCUUUCCGCGUUUCUCGGCAUAGUUUUCUUCCUGCACGGUGGCCUUGGCAUAGACAUCGACGACAUCAAUUUAUCGAACUGUACCGACGGCUCAUCCUGUGAAGAUGCGUUUCCAAGUACGAGUUUGUCUGCUAAAAACAGCGACGAAGUUACAGAAAAAUGGAGCGACGAGAAAUUCACUGCUUCCAGUACUGAGGCGACGAAAAAUGAUAAUUCCACGACCCCCUUUUCCGAAACUGACAAAACAUCGGUCACAACCGCAACCUCGAUUUCUAGCACAACCUUGAAAAUCGAUGUGGAGCAAAAAAUCGAUCACGCUGCAAAAAAGUCUUCGGAAACGUGCACGUGCGAUCUGAAGAUAAGCUCGUGCGACGUUAAUUGUUGCUGCGAUCCCGAUUGCGACGAUUUUCAAAAAUCCGUAUUUUCCCGCUGCGACAAUCACCGCCCGAAAAUGUACGACAGUCGAUAUUGUUACACCAAAAAUUUCAUCCAACGUAAUAAUACGCAAUUCAUUCUGGAGCGGUUGGCCAGUAAUUUAUUCUGCAUCGCUUACGAUAACCUUCCACCGAUUUAUGGAAUGAGUGAGGUUCCGGCUUUGAAAAAUCGACGAGAUUUCGAGCAGUCCAAACGGUCCGUUAAUCCGAAAAAGCUCACAUGGCACUUUCCUAAUUUAACAAUGCCGUUGGAAUUCAAUUUCUCGUCGAAUUAUCAUCACGAUGAUGAAAUUUGGAAAAUCGAUAACAAUUUUUUGGAACGAAUGGAACUCCCGCAAUCAGGACUCGGCAGCCGAUGCACAUUUCGUAAAAAAUUGAAAUACCUAGAAACGUCGGAAUGGGAGUGUUUGCAGACGGAUCUGAGCAACAACAAUUCUCAUUUGUUCACAAAAAUGUACAACAACUUCACGGUUGUGUCGUCCCCUCAUCUCUUCAACUCGUCAUUCCUCUCUUCGGACAAUCACACGUGUCCGAGCAGCGUUUGUCUUCCGCUGCAAACGUAUUAUUGUUGGAAAACUUGGAGCAACUGCAGUACGAUUAAAGUCCUGAAUCAGCGGUGCGUCGACGGGGAGUGCGAGGACGUGAUAAAACGAGUGCGUUACACGUUUUUCCACAACGGUACGACGGGCGUCCGGAAUGUCGAGUUGCGUUUGAUGCUGGGCAACGUGUCUCAAAGCUUCAAGCAACAUUUCCAAGUUGUUUACGAGUGGGUGAGCGAGGGGAAGGAAGAGAAGCAUUGGCGAAGUGGCAACCCCGGUUACGCGUUCGGGAGACCGAUCGUAAUCGGAUCGUUGAUGUCGAACGCGACGAACGAUGGAGCGAAGGCAGCGAUGAGCGUGAACCCUUCGAAUUACUACUUGAAAUUGGCGAUGGGUGGAAAAAGUGGAAACUGCCUUGCGGACGAUCGAUACGCGCUUCGUUUCGGAGAAAAUGUCAGACUCCAGUGCAGAGUUGAAGUGGAAACUCGGAAUUUUUCUUCCUCAGUAACUUGCAUGAGAUUGCAAAACGAAACGCUGAAAUUCAUGCUGGAGGAUUCCCUCGACGGGGUCCCAGAGACCGGAAAGUACCGAAGGUACAUUUCGAAAACUGGUGAUGCGUCGAUAGACGAUUUUUCGAAAUGGACCCAAAUAUUACUCGACAAGAUUCCACGCAACGUCGUCACCGGGCUCGAAUCUCGCAGGCAAAUCCGCUGCUCGGCUCUCGUAACGUCAAUGCAUUUAGAAAUUUUGUACACGAUAUUGCCAAGUCACGAGGAAACUGACAACUACAAAAUCGCUGGCGCGGCUCUCACUUUUUUCGAAGCCAGAGACUUCGCGUGGACCAAGUGCUCCGGACAAAAGUGCGCAAACGUGUUGAACGUCGCUUUGACGAGUCUCGUCACAUUCACGGAUAUUUCCACACCGUCCAUGUACUACUACGCCGGUGGACCGAACUUGGACAUCAGUUUACCUUACGAUUUUUUCUACCCUUUCAUGAGCCACGCCUCCAACGAAAAACCUUCUGCUUCUCUACUCGCUUUGGCACUGCUUUCAGCGAUUUUUCAUUGGCUUUUACUUUUUUCUGCACGUUGAAUUGUUACGAUAAGAUAUUCAGCACUAAUUUUAUCGACGAGACUAUUUUUCGGUGAGGAAACUUCAAAACUUCGAACAGGCGACGAGAGUGCUUGGGAGCAAGCAUUGAGGCGAUGGUCGGAGGAAUAAAUUUGUGGAUUUGCUGAG